ACCACAUUUUAAUUCGCGUCACGCUCUAUUAUUUACUUACGCUUGACGCGUACGGGCAAAUUAUUCUUUAUAUAGAAAAUAUUUUAAAUAAAUUAUUUCCUUUUUGUCUUGAAUUUAAUUUAAUGUCAUGAUACACACAUGAUGAAUGUUAAUCUUGUGCCACUGAUUAUGAUUAAAAAUUAAUGACACCGAAAUUGUCUCUUUUCUCUUUCUAUGUCUAUGUGAAUAAUGUGUGUUUUUUGGUUUUUGUUAUGACACAGAAAGCGAUAGGUGGGGAUUACAAGAAGAAGUAGAAGAAGAAAAAGCAUGAAGGUGUUGUUGUUGUUGUUUUAGUAUAGAGUGGUGGUUGUUGCAGAGACAGACAAGAGAAGUAGUAGUAGCAGUAGUUGUAGUAGCCUAGCUUGUUCUUGUUUCUCGGGUCGCGCCGCUCGUGUUUGUUUGUCGCUCCUGCGUGCGUGUGUGUUGUUCUUCAUCUUCUUCUAAUUGCACUUUUUGUUUUUUCAAUCCCAAUAACCUCAAAUCUCGAGGCUUGUUUUGUUUUCUCAAAGGGUGACACGACACAAUCUCUCUUUCUUCUUCCGCCAUUUUCUCUCGUGUCUUGAACCAGGGUACUACUGCCAGCUACACCCUCCUCUUUUGCUUUGGUUCACUGCACUUUGAGUUUUGGACUUAAGGGUGUCCUUAAUAGCUGGAGGGUCGGUGUUCAACUUGAAUUUUUUGUGCUUUUGCUUCACAUUCACAAGACGGUAUUGGGAUCCUAGGUUUGAGUUUUUCACAACAUGCAAAAACCUCUUGUUAUUGGUUCUUUUCUGAAGCUGUUUCUUGGUUCCUCGAACUUGGUCUCUCUCUGCCUGUUGUUUUGACAUUGAAUCUCGGACCCUUGAUUUUAGGGGCUUUGAUUGAUAUUUAAGGUGUGUGGAGUAGAGAAAGUGAAAUAAUUUGUUAGCUAGUUAGUUGCAUUUCUUUUUCUUUUCAUGUGGGACUUUUUUGUUUGAGGAGGAUUAUUACAAGAUAUGUUGAUGAUCUCUGAUGAAGGAGAUAAUGAUGUGUUCUUUGACUCAUUGGAAUGUUUGUCACCUUCUAAAGAAGACUCUCUUUUGACUAAACAAGACCUUAGGUAUGAGUUUUGGCUUAAUGAGCCUGUUAGUGUGAAGGUAAGAAAAGAAAGGUUUCUACAAGAGAUGGGUUUGGUUGAUGCUUCUUCUCAAAACGAAAUAGUUUGUUGUGAGGAGAGGAUCAUGGAUUGUAGUGUAACAGUAUCAAAUGGUUGUAUUUUGUCUGAUGCUGAACAUGUUUAUGAGAAGUUGGUUGAUCCCAAAGAUGAUGAUGAUGAUGAUGAUGAUAAAGAGCUAUCAUGUUCCAGUCAAGAUCUGAGACAUAGAGAAGCUGAGACAUUAGAAGAAUCUAAUGUUAUUGAUAAUGGUAAAAAGAAGAAGAAAAAGUGGUGGAACAAAGUUCUGAACAGAGGGAAAGUUGGAUCAAAAUCUGGUAAUGUGGGUACGAGGAAAGCUCUUCAAAUCAAUGUAAGGCACAAUAAGAAAAGUUGGAAUCAGUUUAGUGCUGUGUAUACUGGACAAGAGAUCAGAGCACACAAAGGUCUAAUUUGGACUAUGAAAUUUAGUCCUAAUGGUCAGUAUCUAGCAACUGGAGGUGAAGAUGGUGUUGUUCGUAUAUGGUGUGUUUCGUCGUUGAAGGCUUCAAGUAUUUGUUUUGCUAAAGAAGACCGUGACAUUAGCAAAUUGAAACAUGACAUGUCUUUUUCUCCGAAGAAAUGCUCGAGCAAAACCCCAGCUGUUCUUCCAAGGAAGAUUCUCAAAAUUGAGGAAUCCCCGCUGCAAGAACUAUAUGGUCAUUCUAGUGAUGUGAUGGACUUGGCUUGGUCUGAUUCUGAUAUGCUUCUUUCCUCGUCUAUGGAUAAAACAGUUCGCAUGUGGAAAAUUGGUUGUAAUCAAAGUUUAAAAGUUUUCCAUCACAAUGAUUAUGUGACAUGCAUUCAAUUCAACCCAGUUGAUGAAAAUCAUUUCAUCAGUGGUUCCAUAGAUGGUAAAGUCCGAAUAUGGGGAGUACAUGAAGAGCGAGUUGUUGACUGGGCAGACGUACGAGAUAUCAUAAGUGCUAUAAGUUAUCAGCCAGAUGGGAAGGGGUUUGUAGUUGGUUCCCUUUCUGGUACUUGCCGCUUUUAUGUUGCUUCAGGUAAACAAUUCCAGCUUGAGGCGAAGAUUCGUGUCAAUGAAAAAAAGAGAUCAUCUAGCAACAAGAUUACUGGCAUUCAGUUUUCCCAGAAAAACCAUCGGAGAGUUAUGAUCACAUCACAAGAUUCCAAAGUUAGAAUAUUGGAAGGCCAUGAACUUGUUCAGACAUAUAAAGGCCUUUCAAUGUCAGGAAGUCAGAUGUCUGGUUCAUUUACAUCAAGUGGAAAACACAUAAUUUCAGUCGGAGAGGACUCUCGUGUGUAUAUUUGGAACUUCAAUGACUCCGAAGGUCAUUUUUCCAAACAGAGAAAAACUGAGAGUUCUUGUGAGUACUUUCGCUCCAAGGGGGUUACUGUUGCAAUACCUUGGUCAGGCAUGACUGCAGAAAGAAGCUGCUCUCUCAGCGAUUUUGCCAACUAUUCUUCCAAAACUCAACGACAAUGCGUUAGAGAGUCUGAACGUUUUUCUUUUGGUAGUUGGUUCUCCAUUGAUGGUUCAUGCCGAGGUUCUAUGACAUGGCCCGAAGAGAAACUUCCCAGUUGGGAUUCACCUCUUUCAGAAGUUGAAUCUGAGGAUGAAGAGCUAUGUCUUAAGAAUCUAUGCCAUGACAAUUGUGUGCCAGAAACAUGGGGACUAUCAGUUGUUGCAGCAGGUCUUGAUGGAACGAUCAAGACAUUUCACAACUUUGGAUUUCCUGCGAGGCUUUAAGACUCUGUCUCUCAUGGCAACUCUGCAUGUUUGGUAAUACAGUGACAUUGCGGUGAAUGUGAAACAGGUGGAUCGAGCUUCACUCCAGACUUACGGUAUCACUGUUUUAUCAUGGGUACCAUCAGUUGUUGCAGCUAGUUUUGAUGGAACCGUAAAGACAUUUCACAACUUUGGAUUCCCCGCUAGGCUUUAAGGCUCUGUCACUCUGUGCAUGUUUGGCAACACAGUGACAUUGCGGAGAAUGUGAAACAGGUAUAACCGUUUUAUCAUGGGAACUAUCAGUUGUUGCAGCUGGUCUUGAUGGAACCAUCAAGACAUUUAACAACUUUGGAUUCCCUGCGCUUUAAGACUCUAUCACUCAUGACAACUCUGUGCAUGUUUGGUAACACAGUGACAUUGCGGAGAAUGUGAAACAGGUAGAUUGAGCUUCACUCCAGACAUGCAUCAUCACCAUUAUAUUGUUGGUUUCCAAAUUUACAAUCCCUCGAAUUCAAAGCUCAUUGAAUUUUGCAUUUUCUUAGUGGCUUUGAUUGGUAAAAGUGGAAACAUUCCUAAAGGAGUUUUCAAUAUAAAGGCCUAGGAUUCCCAAUAUAGCAUUGCAAAAAAAAUUGAAGUAUGGUGCUUAGCUAGAACUUAGAAGUAGGAUUUUGGUCAUAGGUAAAUUCAUGUUAGAUGCAAAAUCUUCUGACAUGUUUUGAGGAUUUGUACAUUUUAUGUUAGUACGCCACUGAUUGAAGUGGCCUGCUUGUAGAGUCAGGCCACAAGAAUUCUGUCACUUUUUUGUUUUAACAUUUUUUGUGUGAAUAUUAGUUAACUUAUACAAUAGAUACAGAUUUAUAAAAAAGAAUUGUUGAA